AUGUCUUUAAAGACUCCAAAAAAUUUCAAGGUUAUUGAUGUUUCUGAUACUGAGUCUGAUUCGGAAUCUUCUUACGAAAAACAUGAAAUAGCUAAACCUGAAAUUAAAGAAGAAAAAGAAAAGAAAGAAGAACAUAAACAUAGUAAAAAAGAUAAAAAGGAAAAGAAAAAAGAUAAAAAGGAAAAGAAAAAAGAAAAAGACAAUGAUAAAGAAGAAGAGCAAAAAGAAAAAAAUACUACUGAAGUUACUAAAAUGGAAGAAGACACUAAAGAAGAAAUAGCAAAAGAUGAAAAAGAACAAGAAAAAAAUGAAAAAGAAGAGUCAGUAAAUGAUAAAAAAGAAGAACAAGUAAAAAAAGAACAAGUAAAAGAAGAACAAGUAAAAGAAGAACAAGUAAAAAAAGAAGAAUGUCAUGAAGAAGAACAAGAAGAAUUAGUAAAUGAUAAAAAGAAAGAAGAGAUAAAAGAAGAAGAAAAAACACAAAAAAAAGAAAUUAAAAAAGAAGAACCUCAAGAAGAAGAGGUAUUAAAGAGAAAUAAAAAAACAGUAAAACAAGAAGAAAAGGAUAAACAAAAGAAGGAUGAGGGGAAGAAGUAUAUUAGUGUUUGUGUUCAAGGAAUUCCUAAACAAUGGAAUACAAGGAAAUUUAGAGAGGAGUUUGGAGAUUAUAAUAUUGCCAAGUGUAGAAUUAUUACAUUUAAAGGAAAAAGUGAGUCAAGAGGGUUUGGAUAUCUUGACUUUUUUAAUGUUAACGAGGCACAAAGAUGUAUUGAUGAGAUGACUGGUAAAGAAUUUGAAGGAAGAGCUGUUUAUCUUGAAUAUGCAAAUACAAAAAAGAAAGGAUAUAGACAUGGAGACACAAGUACUCCUGAAACUGCAUCUUUAAAUAAGUCUAUUCAAAAAGUAUGUUUUAAAUGUGGAAAACCAGGACAUAUUGGAAGAGACUGUUCUCAACCAGACGAUAAAGUUUGUUUCCAUUGUGGUAAGCUAGGGCACAUUGGAAAAAAUUGUCCUGAACAAGAAGUUCCAGAAAGUUCCGACCAAGUUACAUGUUAUAAAUGUGGACAAGUAGGUCAUAAGAGUGUGGACUGUCCAGAAAAUACUGAAGGUGGGUUUAAACGAAAGUCAAAUGAUAAUACUGAAGAUACUGGAAAGCAUAUAAGGUUUGAUGAUUAA